AUCUACUACACAGGGAAAUAUCAGAGCCUGGGCAUCAAGCAGGGUGGUCCAUCGGCAGGUAAAUGGGUGGAACUGCCCGUCACCAAGUCCCCUAAGAUCGUCCAGUUCUCGGUGGGCCACGACGGCUCGCACGCCCUGCUGGUGGCAGAGGAUGGCAGCGUGUUCUUCACUGGCUCCGCCAGCAAGGGAGAGGACGGAGAGUCCAGUAAGUAUGGAUGAGAACACACACCUAUACAGACGAGAACACGCGUAAAUUAGAACACACACAUCAAUAAGUCAGGAUAUAAGAUUCUGUAUCUUUUGGUAAGGAUUAGUUCCGGGAAUUGCCAGGGACCUCACGAUGCGAUAUUAUCACGAUACUUAGGUGCCGAUAACAAUAUGUAUUGCGAUUCUCAUGAUUCUAGAUGUUUUGCGAUUCGAUAUUGCGAUUUGAUGUUCCAAAUAUAUUGCUCACACGUGUCUGCUGCAGAGAGACAAGAGCGAGCCAUGAGAAAUUGAGUUUUGAUCAUUCAAGGCUCACUUUUUUAAAAGAAGAUGGAGAAAAAGCUAGUUUUGCAGCAGGCACAGCCGGAACAGCGCCGGAAGAAGAUGGCUGCCGUUUUACAGCCCUCUAACCAAUUGUACUAUUAUGUGUGUUUUUCCGCGUUAUUUGUAAUUUAUUUUGUACAUAAUGUUUCUGCCAUCGUCUCUUAUAACCAAAGAGAGCUUCUGGAUAUCAGGACAGCGAUUACUCACCUCGCGUUGGACGAAGACUUUUUCUUCAACGAGGCGUUCGCGAAGGAUAUUCUACAGACUCCCGACAAGGCCCAGAUCCCCGUCAUUCGCGUGAGGAAGAGACGGAGGUAUCGUGGGCGCAGAUCCGGGUGCCUUGUAAGGAUCCGACGGCGAACGAGUAAACUGCCUCUCCCAUCAAUCCUAUUAGCCAACGUUCAAGCUUUUGAGAAUAAAAUGGACGAUUUAAGAUUACGGUUAUCCUACCAACGGGACAUUAAAAACUGUAAUAUCUUAUGUUUCACGGAGUCGUGGCUGAACGACAACCAUGACAACAUUCAGCUAGCAGGCUAUACGCUACAUCGGCAGGACAGAACGGCAGACUCGGGUAAGACGAGGGGUGGCGGUCUCUGUAUAUUUGUAAACAACAGCUGGUGCACAAAAUCAAAUACUAAGGACGUCUCUAGGUUUUGCUCGCCUGAGGUAGAGUAUCUCAUGAUAAGCUGUAGACCACACUAUUUACCAAGAGAGUUUUCAUCUAUAUUUUUCAUAGCUGUCUAUUUACCACCACAAACCAAUGCUGGCAUUAAGAUUGCACUGAAUGAGUUGUACAAGGCCAUUAAUCAACAGGAAAAUGCUCAUCCAGAUGCAGCGCUCCUAGUAGCCGGGGACUUUAAUGCAGGGAAACUUAAAUCCGUUCUACCUCAUUUCUACCAGCAUGUUAAAUGUGCAACCAGAGGGGAAAAAACUCUAGACCACCUUUACUCCACACACAGAGACGCAUACAAAGCUCUCCCUCGCCCUCCAUUUGGCAAAUCUGACCAUAACUCUAUCCUCCUGAUUCCUGCUUAUAAGCAAAAACUGAAGCAGGAAGCACCAGUGAUUCGGCUAAUAAAAAAGUGGUCAGAUGACGCAGAUGCUAAGCUACAGGACUGUUUUGCUAGCACAGACUGGAACAUGUUCCGGGAUUCUUCAGACAGCAUUGAGGAGUACACCACAUCAGUCACUGGCUUCAUCAAUAAGUGCAUCGAUGAUGUCGUCCCCACAGUGACCGUACGUACAUACCCCAACCAGAAGCCAUGGAUUACAGGAAACAUCCGCACUGAGCUAAAGGGUAGAGCUGCCGCUUUCAAGGAACGGGACUCUAACCCGGACGCUUAUAAGAAAUCCCGCUAUGACCUCCGACGAACCAUCAAACAGGCAAAGAGUCAAUACAGGUCUAAGAUUGAAUCAUACUACACUGGCUCUGACGCUCGUCGGAUGUGGCAGGGCUUGAAAACUAUUACAGACUACAAAGGGAAGCACAGCCGCGAGCUGCCCAGUGACACAAGCCUACCAGACGAGCUAAACCACUUCUAUGCUCGCUUCGAGGCAAGCAACACUGAAGCAUGCAUGAGAGCACCAGCUGUUCCGGACGACUAUGUGAUCACGCUCUCCGUAGCCGAUGUGAGUAAGACUUUUAAGCAGGUCAACAUUCACAAGGCCGCAGGGCCAGACGGAUUACCAGGACGUGUACUCCGAGCAUGUGCUGACCAACUGGCAAGUGUCUUCACUGACAUUUUCAACAUGUCCCUGACUGAGUCUGUAAUACCAACAUGUUUCAAGCAGACCACCAUAGUCCCCGUGCCCAAGAACUCUAAGAUAACCUGCCUAAAUGACUACCGACCCGUAGCACUGACGUCUGUAGCCAUGAAGUGCUUUGAAAGACUGGUCAUGGCUCACAUCAACAGCAUAAUCCCAGAAACCCUGGACCCACUCCAAUUUGCAUACCGCCCCAACAGAUCCACAGAUGAUGCAAUCUCUAUCGCACUCCACACUGCCCUUUCCCACCUGGACAAGAGGAACACCUACGUGAGAAUGCUAUUCAUUGACUACAGCUCUGCAUUCAACACCAUAGUGCCCUCUAAGCUCAUCACUAAGCUAAGGAUCCUGGGACUAAACACCUCCCUCUGCAACUGGAUCCUGGACUUCCUGACGGGCCGCCCCCAGGUGGUAAGGGUAGGUAACAACACAUCUGCCACACUGAUCCUCAACACGGGGGCCCCUCAGGGGUGCGUGCUCAGUCCCCUCCUGUACUCUCUGUUCACCCAUGACUGCAUGGCCAGGCACGACUCCAACACCAUCAUUAAGUUUGCCGACGACACAACAGUGGUAGGCCUGAUCACCGACAACGAUGAGACAGCCUAUAGGGAGGAGGUCAGAGAUCUGGCCGUGUGGUGCCAGGACAACAACCUCUCCCUCAACGUGACCAAGACAAAGGAGAUGAUUGUGGACUACAGGAAAAAAAAGAGGACUGAGCACGCCCCCAUUCUCAUCGACGGGGCUGUAGUGGAACAGGUUGAGAGCUUCAAGUUCCUUGGUGUCCACAUCACCAACGAACUAUCAUGGUCCAAACACACCAAGACAGUCGUGAAGAGGGCACGACAAAGCCUAUUCCCCCUCAGGAGACUAAAAAGAUUUGGCAUGGGUCCUCAGAUCCUCAAAAAAUUCUACAGCUGCACCAUCGAGAGCAUCCUGACUGGUUGCAUCACCGCCUGGUAUGGCAACUGCUUGGCCUCUGACCGCAAGGCACUACAGAGGGUAGUGCGUACGGCCCAGUACAUCACUGGGGCAAAGCUCCCUGCCAUCCAGGACCUCUAUACCAGGCGGUGUCAGAGGAAGGCCCUCAAAAUUGUCAAAGACUCCAGCCACCCUAGUCAUAGACUGUUCUCUCUGCUACCGCACGGCAAGCGGUACCGGAGUGCCAAGUCUAGGUCCAAAAGACUUCUCAACAGCUUCUACCCCCAAGCCAUAAGACUCCUGAACAGCUAAUCAUGGCUACCCGGACUAUUUGCACUGCCCCCCCCACCCCACCCUUUUUACGCUGCUGCUACUCUGUUAAGUAUUUAUGCAUAGUCACUUUAACUCUACCCACAUGUACAUAUUACCUCAACUACCUCAACUAGCCGGUGCCCCCGCACAUUGACUAUGCAACGGUACCCCCCUGUAUAUAUAGCCUCCCUACUGUCACUUUAUUUUACUGUAUAUAUAGCCUCCCUACUGUCACUUUAUUUUACUUCUGCUCUUUUUUUUUUUUUUUUUUUUUUUUUUUUCAACACUUUUUUUGUUGUUGUUUUAUUCUUACUUUUUUUGUUUAAAAUAAAUGCACUGUUGGUUAAGGGCUGUAAGUAAGCAUUUCACAGUAAUGUCUGCACCUGUUGUAUUCGGCGCAUGUGACCAAUAAAAUUUGAUUUGAUUUGAUUUGAAAUUACUUGAAGUCAAAUGUUGAUAUAAAAUCGUCCAAAAAUAAUAUUGCGAUAUUUAACUGCUAUCUCCCACUACACCUGUGUUGUCUUGUGCGCCUCUUGCAUAGAGAUGAUUCUCUAAUGUUUUGUCUCUACUCUCCAGCCAAGAGCCGGCGCCAGCCGAAGCCCUACAAGCCCAAGAAGAUGAUGAAGCUGGAGACCAAGAUGGCGGUGAACACGGCCUGCAACAACGGCAGCAGCAGCAUCGUCACCAAGGACGGAGAGCUAUACAUGUUCGGCAAGGACGCCAUCUACAGCGACAGCACCUGUGAGUGGGAUAGAGACCGGGGAAAAGGGUACAUUUGGGUUGCGUUGGUUAGUGCAAAUGUACACAAAUGUUAAUUUGCGUUAGUGAUGCUGAUGAACUUGAGUGGGUCAGAGAGAGGGUUAAUCUGGGUAGUGUUCAUUCGUGCAAAUGUUUACGAAUGUUCACAAAUGAAAUAUUAGUCUGAAAUAUUACAACAUGGCUAUCAAAGAAAGCUUUUGAAAAGCCUUGUUGGUUUGAUAAUGGUCUUAUAUAGCCUGGAAAUUCUGACCGAAUUCAGCUCCGUUUAGUGAAACGUAGCAUGAUUCAGUCGGGGUAAGGUUAGGUCUUUUACAGUAGCUAUACAGUAUCAAUAUUUUCUCCUCUCUCUUGUGCCCCCUUCAGGCCAGGUGUCAGACCUGAAGGGUCACAUUGUAACGCAGGUAGCCAUGGGGAAGGCCCACACCUGUGUCCUGACAAAGAGUGGAGAGGUCUGGACAUUUGGGGUCAACAACAAGGGCCAGUGUGGCCGAGAAACAGGGGCCAUGAACCAGGCGGGGAAAGGUAACAUGCAUGACGGACACACAUAUGAGCAUACACGAGCACACAAAUUACCACACAACACAAACAUACUUUAAUAUACCGUAUGCACACCAAACACCUCUUUCUUUGCAUGUAUAUAUUGUGUAUUUUGCGUGUAUCACCCAUUCAUGUAAACAUAUCUUCUCUAACCCCUGUAGCAUUUGGCGUGGAGAGCAUGGCGACGGCCAUGGAUGAGGACCUGGAGGAUGAGCUGGAGGAGAAGGAGGAGAAGAGCAUGAUGUGCCAGCCGGGCAUGCACAAGUGGAAGCUGGACCAGUGCAUGGUGUGCACGGUGUGUGGAGACUGCACCGGCUAUGGAGCCAGCUGUGUCAGCAGUGGACGGCCCGACAGGGUACCCGGAGGGUAAGGAAACUUGACAAAGAGGCAGAUAUACAGACAUACACACACAUUCACUAGUUGCGUUAUCUUUGAUAAGAGAACGUACAUUUAUGGUUGGGUCUACGGGCGGCAGGUAGCCUAGCGGUUAAGAGCAUUGGCCCAGUAACUGAAAGGUUGUUGGUUCGAGCUCACUAGGUAAGAUAUCUGUCCAUGGCACUUAACCCAAAUGGCUCCUGUAAGUCGCUCUGCAUAACAGCCUCUGCUAAAUGACUAAAAUGUAAAUGUAAAAUGUAUGUUUUCAUGGUUGUUUUUUGGGCAAGUCUAUUUGCUAGUGCCUGGUGCUCUGUCUUUACAAAUCAGUAUUGUUGUGUCGGAAUGCUGAUCAGAUGAACUAAUAUUUGUGUCUGUAUGUGUUUUUGUGUGCUUUGGUUUGUCUUGUGUCUGGUGGAUGUCUUUUUUGUUUGUAUUGAUGUUUGUCUCUCUUGUCUGUGUGUGUCUAUUUGUGUAUUUUUGUCUGUUUGUGUUUCUCUCUCUCUCUCCCACUCAGUAUCUGUGGCUGUGGUUCGGGGGAGUCUGGCUGCUCAGCAUGUGGCUGCUGUAAAUCCUGUGCCAGGGAGCUGGAUGGACAGGAGGUCAGACAGAGGGGCAUCUUCGACGCUGUCAAGGAGAUGAUACCACUAGACCUACUACUAGGUACAACACACAAUAACAGUUGUUCAAUAUAUCUGCAUGCUCUGGUUUGGUGUACCCAUUCGCAAACUGUAUAGUAUACAGUGCCUUCAGAAAGUACUCAUACCUCUUGACUUAUUCCACAUUUUGUUGUUACAGCCUGAAUUCAAAAUUAAGUAGAUUUUUUUUCUCAACCCAUCUACACACAAUACCCCAUAAUAAAUGUUAGCUAAUUUAUACAUAAGUAUUCACACCCAUAUGUCAAUACAUGUUAGAAUCACCUUUGGCAGCGAUUACAGCUGUGAGUCUUUCUGUGUAAGGCUAUAAGAACUUUGCGGAUCUGGAUUGUACAAUAUUUGCCCAUUAUUCUUUUCAAAAUUCUUCAAGCUCUGUCAAAUUGGUUGUUGAUCAUUGCUAGACAACCAUUUUCAAGUCUUGCCAUAGAUUUUCAAGCAGAUUUAUGUAAAAACUAACUCGGCCACUCAGGAACAUUCACUGUCUUCUUGGUAAGCAGCUCCAGUAUAGAUUUGGCCUUGUGUUUUAGGUUAUUGUCCUGCUGAAAGGUCAAUUAAUCUCCCAAUGUCUGGUGGAAAGCAGACUGAACCAGGUUUUCCUCUUAUGAUUUUGCCUGUGCUUAGCUUCCAUUCAUUUUUUUUAUCCUGAAAAACUCCCCAGUCCUUAAUGAUUACAAUCAUACCCAUAACAUGAUGAAGCCACCACUAUAAUUGAAAAUGUGGAGAGCGGUACUCAGUAAUGUGUUGUAUUGGAUUUUCUCCAAACAUAACACUCUUUAUUCAGGACAAAAAGUGAAUAUUGCUUUGCUACAUUAUUUGCCAUCAUUAAGUUUACCGACGACACAACAGUGGUAGGCAUGAUCACCGACAACGAUGAGACAGCCUAUAGGGAGGAGGUCAGAGACCUGGCCGUGUGGUUCCAGGAUAACAACCUCUCCCUCAACGUGAUCAAGACAAAGGAGAUGAUUGUGGACUACACGCCCCUAUUCUCAUCGACGGGGCUGUAGUGGAACAGGUUGAGAGCUUCAAGUUCCUUGGUGUCCACAUCACCAACAAACUAUCAUAGUCCAAACACACCAAGACAAGUCGUGAAGUCGUGAAGAGGGCACAACAAAGCCUAUUCCCCCUCAGGAGACUGAAAAGAUUUGGCAAGGGUCCUCAGAUCCUCAAAAAGUUCUACAACUGUACCAUUGAGAGCAUCCUUACUGGUUGCAUCACUGCCUGGUAUGGCAACUGCUCGGCCUUCCGACCGCAAGGCACUACAGAGGGUAGUGCGUACGGCCCAGUACAUCACUGGGGCCAAGCUUCCUGCCAUCCAGGACCUCUAAACCAGGCGGUGUCAGAGGAAGGCCCAAAAAAUUGUCAGACUCCAGCCACCCUAGUCAUAGACUGUUCUCUCUGCUUCUGCAUGGCAAGCGGUACUGGAGCGCCAAGUCUAGGUCCAAAAGGCUUCUAAACAGCUUCUACCCCCCAAGCCAUAAGACUCCUGAACAGCUAAUCAUGGAUACCUGGACAAUUUGCGUUGCCCCCCACCCCACCUCAACCCCCUCUUUUACGCUGCUGCUACUCUGUUUAUAUUUAUGCAUAGUCACUUUAACUAUACCCACAUGUACAUAUUACCUCAAUUACCUCGACUAACCGGUUCCCCUUCACAUUGCCUCUGUACCGGUACCCCCUGUAUAUAGCCUCCCUACUGUUAUUUUAUUUUACUGCUGCUCUUUAAUUAUUUGCUAUUUUUAACUUAUCUAUUUUUUACUUAACACUUUUUUUAUUUUCUUAACUGCAUUGUUGGUUAAGGGCUUGUAAGCAUUUCACUGUAAUGUCUACAGCUGUUGUAUUUGGCGCAUGUGGCAAAUACAAUUUGAUUUGAUAAUUCCUGGAAGCUGGGUAAUGUCCCAGUUCUUCCAUGGCCUGCGUACUCACCAAACAUGUCACCCAUUGAGCAUAUUUGGGAUGCUCUGGAUUGAUGCGUACCACGGCGUGUUCCAGUUCCGCCUAUAUCCAGCAUCUUCGCCCAGCCAUUGAAGAGUGGCGCAACAUUCCACAGGCCACAAUCAACAGCCUGAUCAACUAUGCGAAGGAGAUGUGUCGCACUGCAUGAGGCAAGUGGUGGUCACACCAGAUACUGACUGGUUUUCUGAUCCACGCCCCUACUUUUUUUUUUAAAGGUAUCUGUGACCGAGAUAUACAUAUUUGUAUUCCCAGUCGUGAAAUCCAUAGAUUAGGGCCUAAUGCGUUUAUUUCAAUUGACUGAUUUCCUUAUAUGACAUUAUUAUGGGAUACUGUAUGUAGGCCAGUGACAACAAAUCUAAAUUUAAUCCAGUUUAAAUUCAGGCUGUAACACAACAAACUGUGGAAAAAGUCAAGGGGUGUGAAUACUUUCUGAAGGCACUCUGUCACAAGUUACAAGCCAUCGCUGUUUUCUGCUUCUUCUUUUAUUUCUCUUUUGUCUAUCAUUCCAUGUCAGCAUACUGCUUUACCAUAGCUACGUGUCUCAACCAGUGUUUUCCCUAGACCAGGCGUGGGCAAAAUAUGGCCUGUGGGCUGGAUGUGGCCCGCCAGCCAAAUAACAGCAUAGAACCGUGGUUACAUGAGUUACCUCUGUCUGCUAUUUGCGGUUAGGACAAACAGAGCGGUUUCUGUUUUCUUCCUACGAAUGACCCCCCCCAAAGAAUGUGCGGCACUCUGUUUAUUUUUGAAAUCCCGAUGUGGCCCUUGAGCCGCAAUUAUUGCCCACCCCUGCCCUAGACCAGCGAUUCUCAACUGGUGAGUUGGGUCAAAGGAAGUUUUGAAUGGGUUGCGGGUGUCUGAGUUAAAGAAUAUGUAUACCCCUGUCUAAACUUAACACUAGAACCGCCAUAGUCCAACGGCCUAAGAAAAUAUCAGCUCCCCAAAAAUGCUAUGUCCUGCGCCUUCCCUGACUUUUCCUAAAUGUUUGGAUUUUACACUGCUCAUUUGUCAGAAAUGUGAAAACACAAACAGAAAAGUUUUUAGAGCCUUUUUUCAAACCUAUUUCUAACUUAACCCACCAAGACAAUGUGCUGUAGGACGUUGGUACACAGCCAGGUGCUAAUGUGUCUCUCUCUUCUCACUGAAUGAAUGACAAAUGGAUGAAUUGGCUAUAAUUGUGCACCUUACUUCACAAUUGAAUUUAAAUUAGGCCUAACUGAAUGAUAAGGUAAAGAGGUUGAUUUAAUUUAGAUAGACAAUAGUGUAACGAUGAGUUUGUUAUGCCUAUUUAUCAGUGUUGGUGCUCAUGUUAAUAAUUUGACUGCGCGCCUUGGGGGUUGAGACCAUUCUUGACUGUUUUAUUUACUGUAACUCUAUUACUAAUCAAAUGUAAUGUAAGGGAAAUUAAAACAUGCUAUGUGUUGCAGUCAUCCAAGUUGAUGAGCGGGAAAAAAAUGAUGCCAGUUAGCCUGCACAACCGGCCCAUCGAAACUACACCUAAACUAUACAGAAACUAAUUUCACACAUAAUAAGAGUUAGCCUAUAGACAAGAUUAAAUUGACAAUCUGAUGAGUGACAAUAUUAAGCCUAUCAGUUGUCAAAUUGUACAUGAAGAAAUGGGCGCAUCUUGUAAUUUACAGAUGCAUCACUUGAUCAAAUCCUCCUUCAGAGUCACAUGCAGGUAAUACAUUUUGAUUUCUAUAAAGUAUCAGAAAGAGGACGUUCGGCAGUUUCUGUUGCACUUACCUUUGUCAAAUAACUCUCAUAAUUCAAGAGGUGUGCAGCUCUAUUUCCAAAUUUCACUUUUUCCAAGAAUAUCCAUGCUGUCCAUGCAUUCAGUACAUGACCACUCGCGCAGCAUCAUUGCUCUGGCUACUAAGCAAACACUAGUAACAUAAUAAACUUACAAUUUAAAUUAAUAUGCUAUUUAUUGAUGCAUUUCAUCCUUUCCAAUUGUUAUUACACUGGUGCUUUUGUUUAGGAAUACAGCAAAUAAUUUAUAUUAUUAUUAUCUUUUUCGUUUCUACUUUGUCAAAGGAAGCUGUAACUGGACUUUAUUCAUUACUAUAACUCUAUUACUAAUUCUACAAAUCAAGUUGAUCAAAUGGAUUACACUGUAAUGUUUAUUUUAAGGGAAACAAAAAUAGGCUAUAUGCCUAUGUUUUUUCUAGGAAUUUGUAGAAUUAUACAAAACAUCUUUGACUCUAUCUAAACAAAUAACUGUUCUUUUGUAUUUUUAUUGAUAUAUUUUCCAUGAAUAUUUCUUCAUGCAAUUCAUCUUUUACAAUAGAUUAUGCACUAUUUAUUAAGCAUUGGUGCUUAUGUUUGCACACCUUGUGGGUUGAUAAGGAUCUGAAGCAUAUGCUAAAGGGGGACGCCCGGCAACGUUCUCUAGCGGAUACUUGUAGGCUGAAAGGCCAGGCGGUUCUAGUGUUAAACGACUUAAUCCAGAAAGAAAGUGAUUCAAUAAUUUUAUCUCAGAAUUAAUUUUCUUCAGUAUAGUUAUUGGGUCGGCGACUGAGACAACCUGGUUCAAAUUUGGGUCCCGAGGCAAAACCAGUUGAGAAUCACUGCCGUAGACCAUCCUCCUUAGAUAUAUCCCAGAUCUGCUGUUUAGCCCAAACAUAAAUCAAAUCACAUUUUAUUUGUCACAUACACAUGCUCAGCAGAUGUUAUUGCGGGUGUAGCGAAAUGCUUGUGUUUCUAGCUCCAACAGUACAGUAUAUAGUGAGGGAAAAAGGUAUUUGAUCCCCUGCUGAUUUUGUACGUUUGCCCACUGACAAAGAAAUGAUCAGUCUACAAUUUUAAUGGUAGGUUUAUUUGAACAGUGAGAGACAGAAUAACAACAAAAAAAAUCCAGAAAUACGCAUUUCAAAAAUGUUAUACAUUGAUUUGCAUUUUAAUGAGGGAAUUAAGUAUUUGACCCCUUUGCAAAACAUGACUUAGUACUUGGUGGCAAUCACAGAGGUCAGAUGUUUCUUGUAGUUGGCCACCAGGUUUGCACACAUCUCAGGAGGGAUUUUGUCCCACUCCUCUUUGCAGAUCUUCUCCAAGUCAUUAAGGUUUCGAGGCUGACGUUUGGCAACUCGAACCUUCAGCUCCCUCCACAUAUUUUCUAUGGGAUUAAGGUCUGGAGACUGGUAGGCCACUCCAGGACCUUACAUUUUACAUUUUAGUCAUUUAGCAGACGCUCUUAUCCAGAGCGACUUACAGGAGCAAUUAGGGUUAAGUGCCUUGCUCAAGGGCACAUUUACGUCAUUUAGCAGACGCUCUUAUCCAGAGCGACUUACAAAUUGGUGCAUUCACCCUAUAGCCAGUGGGAUAACCACUUUACACUUUUUUUUUGGAAAGCACCUUAAUGUGCUUCUUCUUGAGGCACUCCUUUGUUGCCUUGGCCGUGUGUUUUGAGUCAUUGUCAUGCUGGAAUACCCAUCCACGACCCAUUUUCAAUGUCCUGGCUGAGGGAAGGAGGUUCUCACCCAAGAUUUGACGGUGAAGUUGUCCUGUCCCCUUAGCAGAAAUGUUUCUGCAUAAUGUUUCCACCUCCAUGUUCGAUGGUGGGGAUGGUGUUCUUGGGGUCAUAGGCAGCAUUCCUCCUCCAAAUACGGCGAGUUGAGUUGAUUCCAAAGUGCUCCAUUUUGGUCUCAUCUGAACACAACACUUUCACCGAGUUCUCCUCUGAAUCAUUCAGAUGUUCAUUGGUAAACUUCAGACGGGCCUGUAUGUGCUUUCUUGAGCAGGGGGAUCUUGCGGGCGCUGCAGGAUUUCAGUCCUUCACGACAUAGUGUGUUACCAAUUGUUUUCUUGGUGACUAUGGUCCCAGCUGCCUUGAGAUCAUUGAAAAGAUCCUCCCGUGUAGUUCUGGGCUCAUUCCUCACCGUUUUCAUGAUCAUUGCAACUCCACGAGGUGAGAUCUUGCAUGGAGCCCCAGGCUGAGGGAGAUUGACAGUUAUUUUGUGUUUCUUCCAUUUGCGAAUAAUCGCACCAACUGUUGUCACCUUCUCCACAAGCUGCUUGGCGAUGGUCUUGUAGCCCAUUCCAGCCUUGUGUAGGUCUACAAUCUUGUCCCUGACAUCCUUGGAGAGCUCUUUGGUCUUGGCCAUGGUGGAGAGUUUGGAAUCUGAUUGAUUGAUUGCUUCUGUGGACAGGUCUUUUUAUACAGGUAACAAACUGAGAUUAGGAGCACUCCCUUUAAGAGUGUGCUCCUAAUCUCAGCUCGUUACUUGUAUAAAAGACACCUGGGAGCCAGAAAUCUUUCUGAUUGAGAGGGGGUCAAAUAUUAUUUCCCUCAUUAAAAUGCAAAUCAAUUUAUAACAUUUUUGACAUGCGUUUUUCUGGAUUUUUUGGUUGUUAUUCUGUCUCUGACUGUUCAAAUAAACCUACCAUUAAAAUUAUAGACUGAUCAUUUCUUUGUCAGUGGGCAAACGUACUAAAUCAGCAGGGGAUCAAAUACUUUUUUCCCUCACUGUAUCUAACAAUUCACAACAAUACACACAACCUAAAAGUAAAGUAAUGGAAUUAAGGAAUAAAUAUUAUAAAUAUUAUGAUGAGCAAUGUCGGUAUAGACUAAAAUACAGUAGAGAAUACAGUAUAUAAACCCUUUUUCAGGACCCUCUUUCAAAGAUAAUUCGUAAAAAUCCAAAUAACUUCACCGACCUUCAUUGUAAAGGGUUUAAACACUGUUUCCCAUGCUUGUUCAAUGAACCAUAAACAAUUAAUGAACAUGCACCUGUAGAACGGUCGUUAAGACACUAACAACUACAGACGGAAGGCAAUUAAGGUCACAGUUAUGAAAACUUAGGACACUAAAGAGGCCUUUCUACUGACUCUGAAAAACACCAAAAGAAAGAUGCCCAGGGUCCCUGCUCAUCUGCGUGAACGUGCUUUAGGCAUGCUGCAAGGAGGCAUGAGGACUGCAGACGUGGCCAGGGCAAUAAAUUGCAAUGUCUGUACUGUGAGACGCCUAAGACAGCGCUACAGGGAGACAGGACGGACAGCUGAUCGUCCUCGCAGUGGCAGACCACGUGUAACAACACCUGCACAGGAUCGGUACAUCCGAACAUCACACCUGCGGGACCGGUACAGGAUGGCAACAACAACUGCCCAACUUCCCGAGUUACACCAGGAACGCACAAUCCCUCCAUCAGUGCUCAGACUGUCCGCAAUAGGCUGAGAGAGGCUGGACUGAGGGCUUGUAGACCUGUUGUAAGGCAGAUCCUCACCAGACAUCACUGGCAACAACGUCGCCUAUGGGCACAAACCCACCGUCGCUGGACCAGACAGGACUGGCAAAAAAAUGACAACGCCACCAGCCAUACUGCUCAUUCUGUGCAUGAUUUCCUGCAAGACAGGAAUGUCAGUGUUCUGCCAUGGCCAGCGAAGAGCCCGGAUCUGAAUACCAUUGAGCAUGUCUGGGACCUGUUGGAUCGGAGGGUGAGGGCUAGGGCCAUUCCCCCCAGAAAUGUCCGGGAACUUGCAGGUGCCUUGGUUGAAGAGUGGGGUAACAUCUCACAGCAAGAACUGGCAAAUCUGGUGCAGUCCAUGAGGUGGAGAUGCACUGCAGUACUUAAUGCAGCUGGUGGCCACACCAGAUACUGUUACUUUUGUCAAUUUCUGUUAGUCACAUGUCUGUGAAACUUGUUCAGUUUAUAUCUGAUGUUGGAUCUUGUUAUGUUCAUACAAAUAUUUACAUGUUAAGUUUGCUGAAAAUAAACGCAGUUGACAGUCAGAGGAUGUUUCUUUUUUUGCUGAGUUUACAUAUGAGAUGAGUAAUGCUAAAAUAUCUAAACAUUGUUAGAGUGACUUAAGGUGCAGGGUUACGUAACCGGGUGGAAGCUGCCCUAGUAAUGGCUAUUUAACAGUCUGAUGGCCUUGAAAUAGAAGCUGUUUUUCAGUCUCUCGGUCGCAGCUUUGAUGCAGCUUUGAUGCACCUGUACUGACCUCGCCUUCUGGAUGAUAGCGGGGUGAACAGGCAGUGGCUCAGGUGGUUGUUGUCCUUGAUGAUGUUUUUGGCCUUCCUGUGACAUCGGGUCCUGGAUGGCAGGUAGUUUGCCCCCUGGGAUGCGUUGGGCAGACCACACCACCCUCUGGAGAGCCCUGCGGUUGCGGGCGGUGCAGUUGCCGUACCAGGUGGUGAUAUAGCCCGACAGGAUGCUCUCAAUUGUGCAUCUGUAAAAGUUUGUGAGGGUUUUAGGUGCCAAGGUACAUUUCUUCAUACACAUACACACACAGGUCUGGGAUCAGGCCAGGGCGUCUCGCUCAAGUAAUAGUAGAAGAAACACUGGGCUCUCAGCAUAAAGCUGCUUUUGCAUUAAUAUGAUAUAGCUAGCUAGUAGCACGUCUGUCUUGUUUGUCUUCAUGCAAAGCUCAACAUAGAAGCUGCCCCUUAGACACAGAUCUAGGAUUAGGGGGGUGAAACUGUGGCCUUGGAAUUCAAACUGAAUCUCGCUAUAUUACACUAUUGUUUCACUUCACCAAUCCAGUCUUCCAUUUCCUUCAUUUAAUCCGUUUGUACUCUUGUCUGAAAUGAGGGGUUUUGUAUGACAUUUAUUUGUAUGUGGAUCACACCAUCAGACCAACCAGCUCAUCAUUUCUGAGAGGAUUUUUUUACCAGGCCAAUUGCCUCUAUUGGAGGAUGCCAGACUUAAUUAGUAAUGUGAAACAAUUUAGCGUGAUUUAGUUAGGAUGUCGAGGAUAAUGAAAUGGUAAACUGACCUCAUGUCAGUUUCAAGGCAAGGGGUUUACGUCAUUCUAUCCUAUGUGAAGAUGCAUCGCUUCUCCAUGUCGUCUCCUCCCUCCAUCAUUCAUCCACGUUGUGUGUUGUCUCUGUCUCUCCUCCUCCACCUGGUUCUCUCUCUCCCCUGGGGCGGUGUGUGUUUCAGCUGUGCCUGUCCCCCCCCCCCCAGGAGUCAACAUCGAGGAGCACAUCCAGAUCCGGCAGGAGGAGAAACGUCAGCGGAUCAACCGCCGACACCGGCUGGAGGAGGGACGAGGUACGGGUAAGGAGUCGAUAGGGGUUAGGGGAUAGGGGAUAGGGGAGGCUUUGUGUUUGGGAAGGAGAAAAGGAUGGAGCAGGGACGAAAUAUGGGAUAAGGGGGGAUGGGGCCGAAGGGGUAGGGAAUAAGGGAUAGGAGAUAAGGGGAUAGUGGAGGGUGUUUGGGGAAGAGGAAAGGCAAAACAUCAACGACCUAGGAGGGGAUAGUAAGUAGGGGAUAGGGAUUAGUGACUAGGGGAGGGUGGGUGUUGUUUGGUGCAGUGACCUGAUUGGUAUGACAGCUGGUUUUUGUGUGUUGUGCUAUUAUUGUUGUGCUUCAGUGUGACCAUUGUGUAUCUCUCCCAAUCUGUGACCCUGCUGUGUCCAUGCAUGUGAAAGUUUAUUUCUCCCUCCCAGGCCCCCUUGUUUUCCCUGGUCCCAUAUUAAUGAACCAGCGUGAGCAGGCCCUAGCCAGACUCAGACCCCUAAGGCAUAAGCGGGACAAGCACACA